UCUCGUGACUUUGUGUGUUUUAGUUCUUGCAAGCAAAUAACAAAAAUGCAAUGAGGUGAGACCGCCUACUCGUCCCUGCGCUCCAUUAAUUGACCAAAAGCGAGAUUGAGACGGACACGCUGCGGAAUCCACCGUUUGCCACUACAGCCCUCUUCCCAUCCACUCACUUGCUUCUCCGUUCCCUCGGUGACCGUGGGCGGAAGUUGUGGUCAUCUCCAUAGACAUUUCUGUAUGUCGAGGGCGCAGGUGACAGCCAAAGGUCGCAGUCAUGCCGAUGCAUCCAGUCACCUCCACGUUGAUGUACCGGGGGAUCUGCACCAUCCCUGACAUCCUGUACAGCGCACCGGUCAACCUGCCUGAGGACGAAGUUGAAGAAAUCCGAGAGGCCUUCAAAGUGUUUGACCGCGAUGGGAACGGAUUCAUCUCGAAGCAGGAGCUGGGAAUGGCCAUGCGCUCCCUCGGCUAUAUGCCAAACGAGGUGGAGCUGGAAGUCAUCAUCCAGAGACUGGACAUGGAUGGCGAUGGCCAGGUGGACUUUGAGGAGUUUGUCACUCUUCUGGGCCCGAAGCUGACAGCAGCUGGGUUGCCAGACAAGUUCAAUGGCACCGACUUUGACUCUGUCUUUUGGAAGUGUGACAUGCAGAAGCUGACGGUAGAGGAACUGAAGAGGCUUCUAUAUGACACUUUUUGCGAUCACCUUUCCAUGAAAGACAUCGAGAACAUCAUUAUGACCGAGGAGAACCACAUAGAGAAUCCAGAGGACUGCCAGGUGGAUAUAGACAGUUCCAGCCCGACGCAGCAAGUCAAGCAAACAUGCGUGCGCAAGAGCCUGAUAUGCGCCUUUGCCAUCGCUUUCAUUAUCAGCGUCAUGCUCAUUGCAGCCAAUCAAGUGCUGCGAAGCGGCAUGAAAUAGAAGCUGCUGCAUGUUCAGCCUUCACCAGUAGCGUAAGGCUCCUUUACAGAAACAUGACUGUGUAAAAGAAAACAAAAAACAAACAAAAAAAACAACAACAACAAAGAAAACAAACAAGAAAUACUACAGACAAUCAUACAGCUGUUAAACAUAUGACUGCAUGAAACUGAGGUCACCAAGGAUGCGACAUGUGACAGAGACAUUUUAACAGCUUGAAGAACAACAAGGAGAACGGGACCUCACACAAAGAGACAACAGCGUGUAUGAACAGCUGACUAUACAUAUCACUCUUCAUAAUAAAACAUUUCCUAUUCAUUAGCUACGUGCAUUUGAACAGUGUUGCAUUCACUAUGGUGGCAGCUAUAGAGAGAAGUGUAGUGACUGUCCAGUUGUAUAUUUGUCAGUGUACCAUGUGGUUUAUUAUAAAUGAGUAGAAAGAAACCUUGUUACAUAUUGUAGGGACACUGGAGAAAGAGGUGUGGAGUGUACAGCUUUGUGCAGAAUCUUACAUGUGGUGCAACAUUGUUCGAAAAACCAGUGGGAAACAACAAUAGCUUGGAUUUGCAGGGAGUUGCAUGUACUUGUGUGGAUAAUGUCAUUGACAGGGCUUGGGUCUGAGCAGUAGCUAUGGUGCAGGGGUGAAGCCAGUGUGAAUGGACAGGUAACUGGCUGGAAUCUCCUCUGUGUCCACACUAAGCCUUUGCAGGCCUCAGACGAUUACCAUCAUCUAUGCAUGAAGUGCAUGGAUUUAAACAGUUGUCUUGACACAUUUGUAAAAAAAUUCUUAUCAAUGUUAGUUACCAUUAUUAAUGUGUAACAGAGCUGAUUUCAGUUACUUCAUGACAACUGUGAGCAAUCGUUUGUGGUGCAGGGUUAUCAGCAGCAAAAACAAAACAAAACAGUAAAGAAUACGACUGCAUGAAAAAGAAGGGCUGCUUUAGCACAUGCUCA